AUGGGCGGAAUGUACGACCAAAUGUACCUCAAAGAGUCGUAUCUAAAUACUCUGGCCGAUUGGGAGGAUAUUGCACGAGGGCCAGGCUGUUCUCGCGCAGAACUGGCCUAUCGCUGGGUUGGCAAUCGUGGCGCUCUCGAGGCAGAGUUCGGUGACGGUAUCGUCAUUGGUGCCGGCAAGUUCGAGCAGAUCGGACCGACUCUUCACGGUCUGCAGAAAGGAAGACUGAAAGAUACCGUUUCCAAGAGAAUUGACUAG